AUGGCAGAUUUCAAGAAGACAACGCUCAGGGUGCUAAAAAGAGACUGUCACGCCACCGUUUGCAAUUACCAACAGCAGGAACUGGCAACCCUACAAGUGGAAAUCCUAGACAGUGAGGGAGUUCACUGCAAGUUACGUGACGACCAGUUGUCUCUGCGUUGUGAAAUAAUCCAUACUCUUCUGAUGGGUUCCUUGUUCAUCGCUUGUCCUCCCAUCCUCUCAUUUAGCACAAGAGAUAUUCUCGACCAGAAGACUGUUGCAUACAUCGAAUCAACGCUUCAGAAAUUCGAGGCAAAUGAAGAGUGCAAGAACGCCAUGCGGUAUCAGGUGAAAAAUUUACUCCAUCGCAAACGGCAAAUGACGAUUUCAAAAGCGGAAGAACGUAAAAUUCUGCGGGAUGAAAAUGGAGGAUAUCGUCGUCCUGCCUGCCAACAGAGGACGCUCGUCAUGUAUAGGGCUGAAUAUGGGACAAAAGUGGACAAGGACCCUAUGUGCCAUCGACUGCCAACUAGUUCAAAGAGCUCUUGA